ACAAUUGGGUACUUUAUCCACCACUGCCAAUAAAUAUAACCCCAAAAUAGAUCUGAAUAGCUUUAAUUGCAUAGUAAUACAACCUCAAUCAAUGCAGGAAGUUGCAGAUUGAGGAUAGAAAAUGAAGAUGAGAACUUUCAUACUGUGAAGUGAGUUACUAGCCUAAUAGUGUGGAAUAGUGAAGAGGUGGGUCACACAAACUAUGCAUGGUUGAUGACCUUCCAUUCUAAUCGACCCAGGUUAUAUUCUAUUCUAGAAUAAGUAUAUUCUAGACUUCAGAGAGGUUGGGUAAAAUGUGGAAGACACAUUUCGGUUGAAUUCAUUCAGUUACGCAACUGUAUCUCCUUUACCUUUCAUGUUUCAGCCACUUACAUAUGAUAUGGUUGCAAUUCGAAAUUAUUCGUUUUACUCACAAUAGAAAACUACAGGUACCAGAUUCCCAAGUUGUACCAAGUUCCUGCGCACAAGUCAUCCGCAUUUUUACUUCUUGGUGUGUCUGGGAGGUGCUGAGAAAUAGGGCGUUGAGGCAGCUCCUCCAUUCAUUCGCAGAGAAAAAAACUUUCUUAAAGACGCAGACAAGCUACUGUCCUUUGGGAACAGAAAAAAAAACAUUUUCUGACUUGGUCUGAGUGAACUACGUGCUAUAUUACGCAUAAGGUUUGCAGGACACACAGGCAUAAAUCGAAGGUGAGGAGGGAUUGUGGGCAUCGGUGAGAUACAGUCCGUGGUGUUGCAGGCUAUAGUGGAGGAUGGCCAAACUGUUCCGAGCGGUGAUCAUGGGUCCACCAGGCUCGGGAAAGGGGACGAUAUCCGAGAGAGUUGCUCAAAGAUUUGGCCUAGCACGUCUGUCCAGUGGCGACUUUGUUCGGGAGAAUAUAGCUGCGAAUACAGACGCUGGUGUUCUGGCUAAGACCUACAUAGAGAGGGGUCUGCUGGUGCCGGACCAUGUGAUGACUCCUUCUCCUCUUCCUCCUCCUCCUCCUCAUUAUUUCCCUCCCUCCACAGACGCUGGUGUUCUGGCUAAGACCUACAUGGAGAGGGGUCUGCUGGUGCCAGACCAUGUGAUGACUCCUUCUCCUCUUCCUCUUCCUCCUCCUGCUCCUCAUUAUUUCCCUCCCUCCACAGACGCUGGUGUUCUGGCUAAGACCUACAUAGAGAGGGGUCUGCUGGUGCCGGACCAUGUGAUGACUCCUUCUCCUCUUCCUCCUCCUCAUUAUUUCCCUCCCUCCACAGACGCUGGUGUUCUGGCUAAGACCUACAUAGAGAGGGGUCUGCUGGUGCCGGACCAUGUGAUGACUCCUUCUCCUCUUCCUCCUCCUCAUUAUUUCCCUCCCUCCACAGACGCUGGUGUUCUGGCUAAGACCUACAUGGAGAGGGGUCUGCUGGUGCCAGACCAUGUGAUGACUCCUUCUCCUCUUCCUCUUCCUCCUCCUGCUCCUCAUUAUUUCCCUCCCUCCACAGACGCUGGUGUUCUGGCUAAGACCUACAUGGAGAGGGGUCUGCUGGUGCCAGACCAUGUGAUGACUCCUUCUCCUCUUCCUCUUCCUCCUCCUGCUCCUCAUUAUUUCCCUCCCUCCACAGACGCUGGUGUUCUGGCUAAGACCUACAUGGAGAGGGGUCUGCUGGUGCCGGACCAUGUGAUGACUCCUUCUCCUCAUUAUUUCCCUCCCUCCACAGACGCUGGUGUUCUGGCUAAGACCUACAUGGAGAGGGGUCUGCUGGUGCCAGACCAUGUGAUGACUCCUUCUCCUCCUCCUCCUCCUCAUUAUUUCCCUCCCUCCACAGACGCUGGUGUUCUGGCUAAGACCUACAUAGAGAGGGGUCUGCUGGUGCCGGACCAUGUGAUGACUCCUUCUCCUCUUCCUCCUCCUCCUCCUCAUUAUUUCCCUCCCUCCACAGACGCUGGUGUUCUGGCUAAGACCUACAUGGAGAGGGGUCUGCUGGUGCCAGACCAUGUGAUGACUCCUUCUCCUCUUCCUCCUCCUCCUCCUCAUUAUUUCCCUCCCUCCACGGACGCUGGUGUUCUGGCUAAGACCUACAUGGAGAGGGGUCUGCUGGUGCCAGACCAUGUGAUGACUCCUUCUCCUCUUCCUCCUCCUCCUCCUCAUUAUUUCCCUCCCUCCACAGACGCUGGUGUUCUGGCUAAGACCUACAUGGAGAGGGGUCUGCUGGUGCCGGACCAUGUGAUGACUCCUUCUCCUCUUCCUCCUCCUCCUACUCAUUAUUUCCCUCCCUCCACAGACGCUGGUGUUCUGGCUUAGACCUACAUGGAGAGGGGUCUGCUGGUGCCAGACCAUGUGAUGACUCCUUCUCCUCCUCCUCCUCAUUAUUUCCCUCCCUCCACAGACGCUGGUGUUCUGGCUAAGACCUACAUAGAGAGGGGUCUGCUGGUGCCGGACCAUGUGAUGACUCCUUCUCCUCUUCCUCCUCCUCCUCCUCAUUAUUUCCCUCCCUCCACAGACGCUGGUGUUCUGGCUAAGACCUACAUGGAGAGGGGUCUGCUGGUGCCAGACCAUGUGAUGACUCCUUCUCCUCUUCCUCCUCCUCCUCCUCAUUAUUUCCCUCCCUCCACAGACGCUGGUGUUCUGGCUAAGACCUACAUGGAGAGGGGUCUGCUGGUGCCGGACCAUGUGAUGACUCCUUCUCCUCUUCCUCCUCCUCCUCCUCAUUAUUUCCCUCCCU